CUCACUUUUAGAAUCUAAAUUCAUUUGGUGAAGAAAAAGUAAAAGCAGCCAUGGAAACAGUGACGGAAGAUUAUUUUGAGCCCUGUUGCCGGUGGAAGAGAGGAAAAGAUUACGAUACAAUUCAUAUCGAGCUUGAUGGUUUCAAAAUCGAAGACGUGAAAGCCAGACUUAAACACGUUGAAGAACACAGAUAUGAAAUAUCAAUCACCGCGGAAUCUCCGAGGCGUCUGAAGAAGGCGAUCGAGAUCCUAGGCGAUUAUUACAAUUUAGAGCAGAUUCGUGCAUUAUUUUCGAAUGGGAAUCUCAAUCUAGAAUUGCCCAAGAAAGGUAAUAAAUUCGAAAUCUCGAUGCCGAGAUUGGAAAUUAAGAAGACUUUCCAAGAAGCAACGGAAGAUAUGAAGAAUCAGAUUGUUUCUGCCGCUCAAUAUUCGUAUUCAAAGGCAAAUAUCGCAGCGGUUGGUUUAGGGUUAAUGGCCAGUGGGCUGUUUGCAUAUAAGUAUUAUACAGAAUGUUAUGGUUUCUGAGAAGUAAUUCCUUGUUUAAAAUUUGUAA